GAACUCGGCUAUAGUCCUGAGAGUUAACCAGGUGGGAAGCCAGGGUACAUAUGGGCUUCAUGUGCAUCCUAGAGUGCUUUUUUUCUUCCCCACUCUAAAUGGUGCCUCAGUCACCUCUGUAUCUCCAGCACCCAGUGCUGAGUAGUGCUUAAGAGCUUGGCUAAUUCUCUAAGUGAGGGGGUGAAGCACAUGUCUGUGGGAGACACAAGUUCCAGAGUGUGCUGAUGGGUGGGUGAGAUCUGCAGUGUGUUUCAGGAGUAGGAGGGGCUAAAAAAUGGGUGCGUCCCCCAACCUGAUGCUAGCCCCUUUCCUGUUACUUCUCAGCCACAGCAGGAGCCCCUUGUCUUUCAGGUGGGGGGCAGUAGGGUUUUUGGGGGCACAAGCUUUCCUCAGUCCCUCCACUUGGAGGGGAAGGAAUGUGGCCUGGCUGGCUGGUUGGGAUCAAGGAGGAGCUUUCGGGCAGGGCGGAGCCAGGGCAGGCUGGGGCGAGGGCUCCUGCUGGUACUGUGUUCUUCGCUGCUGCACAGCAAGGCCCUGCCACCCACCUUCAGGCCAUGCAGCCAUGUUCCGGGAGCCCUAAUUGCACAGAAGCUCAUGGGGAGCUCCAGACCUGCAGCCCUGCUCCUGCCUCUCCUCCUCGUAGUCAUCGACCUCUCUGACUCUGCUGGGAUUGGCUUUCGCCACCUGCCCCACUGGAACACCCGCUGUCCUCUGGCCUCCCACACGGAUGACAGUUUCACUGGAAGUUCUGCCCAUAUCCCUUGCCGCACCUGGUGGGCCCUCUUCUCCACAAAGCCUUGGUGUGUGCGAGUCUGGCACUGUUCCCACUGUUUGUGCCAGCACCUGCUGUCAGGUCGCUCAGGUCUUCAGUGGGGCUUCUUCCAUCUCCUGGUGCAGAAAUCCAAAAAGUCUUCCACAUUCAAGUUCUGUAGGAGACACAAGAUGCCAGCACCUGCUCAGAGGAAGCUGCUGCCUAGUCGUCACCUGUCUGAGAAGAGCCAUCACAUUUCCAUCCCCUCCCCAGACAUCUCCCACAAGGGACUUCGCUCUAAAAGGACCCAACCUUCGGAUCCAGAGGCAUGGGAAAGUCUUCCCAGAUUGGACUCACAAAGGCACGGAGGGCCCGAGUUCUCCUUUGAUUUGCUGCCUGAGGCCCGGGCUAUUCGGGUGACCAUAUCUUCAGGCCCUGAGGUCAGCGUGCGUCUUUGUCACCAGUGGGCACUGGAGUGUGAAGAGCUUAGCAGUCCCUAUGAUGUCCAGAAAAUUGUGUCUGGGGGCCACACUGUAGAGCUGCCUUAUGAAUUCCUUCUGCCCUGUCUGUGCAUAGAGGCAUCCUACCUGCAAGAGGACACUGUGAGGCGCAAAAAAUGUCCCUUCCAGAGCUGGCCAGAAGCCUAUGGCUCGGACUUCUGGAAGUCAGUGCACUUCACUGACUACAGCCAGCACACUCAGAUGGUCAUGGCCCUGACACUCCGCUGCCCACUGAAGCUGGAAGCUGCCCUCUGCCAGAGGCAUGACUGGCAUACCCUUUGCAAAGACCUCCCGAAUGCCACGGCUCGAGAGUCAGAUGGAUGGUAUGUUUUGGAGCAGGUGGACCUGCACCCCCAGCUCUGCUUCAAGUUCUCUUUUGGAAACAGCAGCCAUGUUGAAUGCCCCCACCAGACUGGGUCUCUGACAUCCUGGAAUGUGAGCAUGGAUACUCAAGCCCAGCAGCUGAUUCUUCACUUCUCCUCAAGAAUGCAUGCCACCUUCAGUGCUGCCUGGAGCCACCCAGGCUUGGGGAAGGACACUUUGGUGCCCCCCGUGUACACUGUCAGCCAGGCCCGGGGCUCAAGCCCAGUGACACUAGACCUCAUCAUUCCCUUCCUGAGGCCAGGGUGCUGUGUCCUGCUCCAUGCUUCACUCAGCUCCCCGGGAGAAGAUGCCUGGCUCAUAGGGGUGGGGGGCUCUGUGCCCUCAGGUGUGGCGGUCAGAUGUCCAGUUUGCCUGGAAGCACCUCUUGUGUCCGGAUGUCUCUUACAGACACCUGGGGCUCUUGAUCCUGGCACUGCUGGCCCUCCUCACCCUACUGGGUGUUGUUCUGGCCCUCACCUGCCGGCGCUCGCAGUCAGGCCCGGGCCCAGCGCGGCCAGUGCUCCUCCUGCACGCGGCGGACUCGGAGGCGCAGCGGCGCCUGGUGGGAGCGCUGGCUGAACUGCUACGGGCAGCGCUGGGCGGCGGGCGCGACGUGAUAGUGGACCUGUGGGAGGGGAGGCACGUGGCGCGCGUGGGCCCGCUGCCGUGGCUCUGGGCGGCGCGGGCGCGCGUAGCACGGGAGCAGGGCACGGUGCUGCUGCUGUGGAGCGGCGCCGACCUUCGCCCGGCCAGCGGCCCCGACCCCCGCGCCGCGCCCCUGCUCGCACUGCUCCACGCUGCCCCGCGCCCGCUGCUGCUGCUCGCUUACUUCAGUCGCCUCUGCGCCAAGGGCGACAUCCCCCCGCCGCUGCGCGCCCUGCCGCGCUACCGCCUGCUGCGCGACCUGCCGCGCCUGCUGCGGGCGCUGGACGCGCGGCCUUCCGCAGAGGCCACCAGCUGGGGCCGCCUUGGAGCGCGGCAGCGCAGGCAGAGCCGCCUAGAGCUGUGCAGCCGGCUCGAACGAGAGGCCGCCCGACUUGCAGACCUAGGUUGAGCAGAGCUCCACCGCAGUCCCGGGUGUCUGCGGCCGCAACGCAACGGACACUGGCUGGAACCCCGGAAUGAGCCUUCGACUCUGAAAUCCUUGGGGUGCCUCUAGGACGACUGGCCGAAAAGCCUUAUUCCCUGCCUCACAGGCCGGAAGUCCCAGCCCAGUCCCCGCGCGCGUCCCUUUUCCUCCUCAUACUUUCCCUUGACUGAGAGCUCCUCUAACCCCUGUUCUGGUGGGGGAGGGCGGUCUUCCCGCUUCCUCUCCAGAACUCCAGAAAGAGCAGUGUGCUUAUGCUUCAGUCCAGGCUGGAGAGGUUUGGGCCGGGGUAGGGAGGCAGGAGCCAUGUCAGUUCUGAAGGAGGGUGAGGGGGUGGGGGUGUGGGGGGGUGUGGGGGGCGGCUGAGAGAAAACCUCCUUGGGGGCCAGGGAUUUCCUUUCCCACACUGAGGCUCUGCCCAGAGGGAGAGAGGACUCUGGACCUAGGAAAAGAGGCUUUUGGUUCUGGGUGGUCAGGACAAUGGGGGUUGGGGGUGGGGUGGGUGGGUGCUGGCGAUGGGGACCAAGAUCCGGAAAGAUGAAUAAAGACAAACAUGA